AUGUGCCGCAGGAUUCAGAGAGCUGGUGUGAAUGAUCACUUCUGCCUCUUACCAGAGAACGACUUCCUUGUACCCAUUCUGGACAGAACGACUUCCUUGUACCCAUUCUGGACAGUAAAUUUAUUCCUCAAUCCCAAACCUUUCCUCAAUGUAACAGGAAAAGCAGUGAAACUCAAAUAGGGAAUGGAGUUUAAGGGCUACCUGGUAUUUAUAGAUGGCUAUCUGAAUAUGCAGCUUGCAAAUACAGAAGUAUUCAUAUAUGGAGCAUUGUGUGGACACCUGGGUGAAGUUUUAGUAAGGUGUCAUAAUGUCCUUGGUAUCAGAGGUGUUGAGGAAGAAGAUGGGGAAAUGAGAAAAUAA